AUGGAAGAUGUUAAUGAUAGAGAAAAGAAAAAGACUAAAGUUGGUCUCUCUAAUGAUCAUGAAGAAUCAUAUGCAGUUGCAUCAUCAUCGUCGUCGUCAUUCAAAGCUAUAUUGAAUCAAUCUUAUCUUAGAAGACUGAUAUUCAAUCAUGUUAAUAAACUUUGGGGAAUGAUGUUUUCAUCGUCUGAUGGCAUAUAUAGAGCAAACAAUGAUAUUCUUCCCAAAAUGAUAGCAACAACAAUUGACUAUAAUAAUCAUCAAGUAUUGGAAUACCUAUUAAAUAGAAUCAAGAAUGAGAUCGGACCAUUUCAAACUAUGGUUACGAUCGUGUACACUGGUUCUGAAUACCGAAUCGAGUAUCUAUCUUUAAAAGUAUAUAAUCUGUUGGUUGAUGAUAAUGUAUUCAUAGAUUCAAACCAUUUAUUACAUAGAAUGGCAAAGACUGCUGUAUCGUUGAUUGGUGAUGUCGAUGGGAUAAGAAACUUGUUCAAGAGAUACAAUCUUUCAAACCUCGAUUAUCUAUUUCGCAAUGAUGAAAAGGUACCAGCAAUCAAAGAUUUAUUCAAGAAAAAGACAGAUUGA